AGGGCAUGAGCGUGAAGCACAGAGACAGGGAGAGCUACACUCUCCUGCAGAAGGCGACGCACUCUGGCAGCACGGGCCUGCUGAGGCUGCUCGUCGAGGGGGGCGCGAACCUCAACGCGAAGGGUGCCUUCGGCUACACGGCGCUGCACGAGGCGUCGUACGUCGGCAACCCGAUCGUGGUAUCUUUGCUUCUGUCCAUGCAGGCGAAUGUGGAUGCCAUCAGCAAGAACGGCUCCACGCCGCUCCUCAUCGCCGCGCGCGAAGGCCAUCAUGUGCUGGUGGAGGCCUUGCUGAGGUACAAUGCCGACGCGGACGACGGCGGCGACAAGGGCUGGACGCCCCUGUCGAUGUCCGCCGGCGAGGGGCACCUGGAGGUGUGCCACACGCUGCUGACGUACAAGGCCGCCGCCAGCGGCUUUCGCCGGCGACGGCCGCGGCGAGCGCAGCGCCCUGCACGAGGCGGCCGAGCACGGGCACGCCGCGGUGGCGAGGCUGCUGCUGGACAGCCGCGCCGACCCCCACCACGUCCUCGACGACGGCGUGACCGCGUGCGGCCUGGCGGAGCGCAGCGGGCACCCGCAGGUAGCUUCAUUGCUGGCGUCCUACGAGGUGCGGUCUUGAGGCUGCAUAACUGCUGUGGCGGUUGCUUGGGCGUCACCGCGGCGCAGUUUGCUUGUUUACCCCGCCAUCUGUAUUGACAUGUGGGACUGAGCGCAGCAUCAGGCAACAAAAA